UAAAUAGCCAAAUAAAAAUGCUUUUAAUUUAAAUUUCAUCAAAUCGGUUAUAAAACACGAAUGAAGCUUAUAUAUCGUUGUAAAAUUAAAAGUUAUGACGAAAACCGACAAGUUAAAUUACGUCACUUCAACUCGAUAUUUGUUCUCAGUAUUGAUGACGAUGUUUUUAUUACGUCAUCGAGUUAAUUAUGCGUGAACAGUUCAGGGGCUCGAAUUCUGCUACGAUCGUAACUGUAAUACUUUUUAUGUGGUAUUUUAAUUUCAGAAUUUUAUGUCGACUUAUAAACAAAUACUUUCAUUUAUUUUUAAUUUAGGAUGUCUAAAUCUUAUGCGUGUGCUAUAUGCACCAAACGUGUGGGCCCAAAAGAAAGGAGGAAAUUAAAAACAGAUGGCAAUAAACAACUUAUAAAGUACUUGAGAAAGCAUAUGCUAUUGACAGACGAAGUUACAGAGAAAGACGUUGUUCAUAAUUCUUGCCGUCUUAAGUAUACAGCAGAAUCGGCGGCGGCAAGAUUAAGUGCAUCCCCAAAGAAAAAUCCACAACAUGAACCGUCUGACAAGAAAUCGCCGUUUCAAUUAAACAUUAAAUCAGCUGGGUUCAGCCAUACUAUAUGUCCUAUAUGUAACAGGAAGGGCGCUCGGUCCGAAGGGUUUGUAACCAUACCGGGCGAGGCGAUAAUGCAACUGUUCAUCAACAAAAACAUUUUGUUGAAAAAAAAAUCGCGAUGUUGUAACACUCACAUGAGUGGGGGGAAGUUUACACCAGAGACCCUUUCUGCUGAUAUUCAAGGAAAAAUUAGAUCCACAACAUACAUGGAACCUGAACAGAUAAGCAGUUUAAUUAACUCGCUACGGCAAAGUGCGACACAACGUCAAAAAUCUUGCAUCGAUUUUGACGACCCAUCCACAAUGACGGAUGCUGAUUAUUGGAAUCUUACUGGGUUGACGAAAGACCAAUUUUCAACUCUUAUCGGUGAUGUAGACGACAUACGGACAACAAAGACCAGGUCCAUUCGAACAUGCAUCGCAUUGCUCCUAGUCAAACUAAGAACUAGUUUAGGGAAUGCGCUGCUCAGCACUUUGUUCAACAUGACGAUUGCGCAGAUUCGGCGUGCGUUGAAAUCGUCAAGAAAAUAUUUGAUGAAAUCGUUCGUGCCAAAGAAUAUGGGAUUUAAACAUGUUUCCAGAGAGGAGAUAAGAACGACCCAUACACGACCUCUAGCGCAAGAAUUGUUCGCUGCAUCUGACCAAAAUAAAUCAAUAAUUGUUUUAGAUGGAACAUAUAUAUAUAUACAAAAAAGUUCAAACUUUUCUUUCGCACGUCGGUCGUACUCCAUGCACAAGCAUAGGCCACUUGUCAAGCCAAUGAUUGUUGUGUCCACCACUGGCUACAUUAUAUCUAUUUUGGGACCGUACUUGGCGGAUGGCAAAAACUCAGAUGCAAAUAUACUGAAACACAUCAUCAAUCAAAAUACUGAGGAUUUUAAGAGCUGGAUUCAGGAAGGUGAUGUGGUCGUAGUUGACAGAGGUUUCCGAGAUGCGUCGACUGUUCUCGAAGAACUUGGUGUAACUAUGCAGAUGCCAUCUUUUAUGCGAAAGGGGUCUACACAGCACACAAGCGAAGAGUCUAACAAGUCGAGGCUUGUGACGAAGGUGACUAUGUGCGAAUUGUUGGAGCAAUCUGCAACCGCUUCAGACCGGCUCUAAGUAGCGGGGACUCCGAUCAAGACAAAAUAGUUGCAGAGAGAAUGUUGUAUUUGUCAGGACAGAACAACGAUUUACAACAAUUCAUCUCUGACAACGACAUAGAAAAAAUAACCAAGGCAUCGUGGAAACCGAUGGACGAACUAGACAUAAACUGUCCAAUAAUGACCGAGGAUGAACUUAGAUGUCUAAUCUUUGGUGUAUACACAGUUAAGCUGGCGGCUUCUUAUACACAAGAGCACAUGUCAAGUGACGGAAUAUACUCAAUUCACGGUUAUGUGCACAAUAGGAGUUUGCUGUGCUUGAAGUUCCAAAGUCGGCAUGUGUCCCGAAAGCAAUACCGGUCUUACAUACGUUUUAAGGAGGGGUCAGUCGACGCAUGGUUUUGCAGCUGCCCAGUGGGAGCACGUGUAGUUGGAACAUGUGCGCACGUUACAAGUGCGCUGUGGUACCUUUGUUUCAGGCGACACCAAACUGAUCAACCGUCAGAUGGUCCGAGAAAUUGGGCUGCAGACAUUUCAGAUGCCGCUAACGUGUCAUAUUAAAUAUUAAGACGCGCUCUGAGACAUAGACAAAACAAGUCUUAAAAAUGUGUGUUCAUUUACAUCUAAUAAAGACAAAACAAGUCUAUAAAAUGUGUGUUCAUUUACAUCUGAUUAAGACAAAACAAGUCUAUAAAAUGUGUGUUCAUUUACAUCUGAUUAAGACAAAACAAGUCUAUAAAAUGUGUGCUGAAUGAUUUCUCUGAGAAAAAGGGGUUAAAUGCAUUAAUAGGCGUCAAGUGCGCAGUAGAGGGCGUUGUGUUUCUGACAAACACAUCUCUUGUUUAAAGAUGUGAAUGUAAGCAAUAUUACAAUUUGCAACAUUGAAAAUAUUUUAUACUGAUUGUUGAAAGUCGUGUAACUGACAUGUUUAUAAAAUUGACUGGUUUUAUUUUUUUGUUUUUUUGGUGACAAAUAUCAAUGGGCAGAAUAAUGUGUGGACGGCACAGAUAGAAAAAAUGUCAUUAUUGGAAGAAUGUGAACAUUUACCAGAUGAAAAUCGUUAGUAUAACAACGAUUGUAUAAACAUAAGCUUUAUACUAUCGCUAUAUUUAAAUCAGAUUUGGGUUUUUCCAAAAAUUGGAGAAUGUGAUUUGUCAACUACGGAAAAAACUAAAACGUCAAAAAAGCCAUAUUUGACAAUUAUUAAUGGACAAUUGUGAGGAAAUAAUAGGAUAAAUAGAAUAUUAUGUUAUUUUUGGAUAAAUAUCAAGUUUAUCAUGCUCGGCACGAACUAUGUUAGCGCUCGGCAUGCCUCGCGCUACAUCGGUUCUAAGCCUCGCAUGAUAAACUUGAUAUUUAUCCAAAACUCACAUAAUAUUCUCUAUAUUUACAAGGUUACGCGAUCAGGAUGUGCAUACGGAAUAUGUUAUUACAAUAGGUCAUGAUAUUACACCGUAUUUGUUGUUGUUUUAUUAAUAUUUUCGUUGUUACUUAUAAGAAUGUUCUAGUUUUAUUAUGAUGAUGCGAUUUAAAAAAAUGUUAUAAACAAUGUGUGAUUAUUUUGCGUAAAACAUUUAGCGAUAUGAAGAAAUAAUAAUAUCAUAUGACAUGUAAUAUGUUACUUUGAUUUAUGAACAUGAAUUAAAUCAUUUCUCACAUUGUG